GAAUUAUCUCCACGUGCUAAAAGAUUAUGGCUUAAGCACGUGAACACUCUUAAGCUAUCGAAAACACGAUGAAGAAGAAACCAGUGGUUGAAGGCGACGACGUUCAUCACGAAAACCUCAAGGCGGUGGUGCAGGCAUGGCAGAGUCACACUGGGAACCUGUGUUUCCCAACCGAAUAAAGCUCUGAACAAGCUCGGAAGGCACGAAGAUAACUGCAGAUUUUGAAGCGAUGUCAAGGAGGAUCUUCGAACAAAACUCAGGUAAGGACUCUGGCAGAGAUUUCAAAACCAAGGGUGAAAUCGAAGGGGUAGAACUUCCAUUGUAUGGUAUCGAGUGACUCUAGCAGUGAAGCGCCUUACCGUUUCUUCAUAUUUAUGUGAGGGGAACAAGUCAGAGCAUGCUGAUUCCAUUAAAUCAAGACGAGAAUUCCAACCUUAAACACCAUAUAAGUAGACGCCAUGGCUUCAGAAACCUAGCAGAACGAGCGUCGCAGAGGGGUGGGUCAAAAGAUGGGAACAGAGAAAUAUGAAAUUUGUUUGUGCUCUUGAUUUAAUAGGGCGUGUUUGGCUUAUCGGCCAAGAAACUUUUCGACUUCUUCUCGUGGUUUCUUCAGUGAAGGUGACGCUUCAAAUCGGUUUUGGUUAAUGGCGGACCAUAGAGCAUUCAUUCAUUGAAGCCUCUUUCUCGCCAGUUCUCAAAGAGCCUCCUCUGAGGAGAAAGGAUAACUAAUUGGGUGACCCAUUAUUAUGCUGAAAAUGAAAAUGUAGGGUCCACGGCGUGGAGUACCCAAAAUCCCUCUCGGAGAACCCACACAUGAGGCUGUGAUUGGGGCACGAGAUGAUCAUGGUCCCCAUUCACUUCCUUAAUUUACAACGCUCAAUACAAAGCCCACAGACAACGAACACCAUGAAGAACAAACCAGUGGUUGAAGACGAGGAUGGUCAUCUCGAAAUCCUCAAGGCGGUGGCGCAGGCAUGGCAGAGUCACACCGGUACUUCAAAGCCUGCAAGUGAAUUCGACGCCCAUCGCCGCAAUUGCAGAGCCAAUCCAUCUCGGUUCAAGCUUGAGGCGAUACGAAGCCGGUCUUCCGUCGGCGGCAUGAGGAGAUGGGACUUCGGGCAGUCGCUGUGGGAUUCGUAUGAGAUUGUGGCGGUUUCGAAGAAGCUGGAGACGGGGUUGGUGCUCGACGGCGACGGGUUUCGAGAGGCCAAUGGCGGUGGGCGGAAUCAAAGGAAACAGCGAGAGAGUUGUAAUAGUUUGAGAAAUUUGUUCAAUAGAACUUCGAGGAGAUUCAAUUAGCCAUUAUUCGAAGUUCCAACACUGAGGAACCGAUGAAUGAAAUCUCAACUUCUUGAUAAUCAUUUUGAGUGGUUGAGUUCAGAUUUUUUAAGAU